CGCGCCGGCCACAUCAACGCGCACAACAGACGAACCCAUGCCACCCCGCGGGCCCUAGUCCACUCUCUGCUCCAAUGCACCCGGCCGCGUCUCGUAUCGCCGAACAUGUCGCCAAGCACCACCUGCUGCUCGCUCCGCUGCUGUUCACCGUCCUCGGCGCUGUCGCAAGCGUCAACAGCCCCGUCCAGCACUCGCUGCUCGUGACCUCGGCCUCGUGGGCCAUUCUGUGGAUUCCGCUGGUGUGCAGGGUCGGGCUGUAUUCGAACAAUGGGGGGCGCAAGAAGAGCACCAGCUGGCUGGCUGGCGCAUUCCUGGCCCUGGCACACAUAUGCGACAGAGCGGCCUGCGACAAGGACGGCAUAAGGGCGACCAAGUGGCUGCUGCCCCUCUUUGCAGUAUUCAUAUCUGAGAAUGAACUCCUUUCAAGACACCUUGCCUUGCCCACGCACGCCCGCAGCGACUCGACCGACUCAAUCGAGAAGCCCUCGAGCAAGAGGCCGGCCGACCUGAUGGUCACGCUCACGAUCGCCGCCAGCGCCGCCCUGGGUAUCUACGUCACGGCAACAACGUCUGCUCUGGGGAUCAGCAGCGCCAUCUUCGCAGCAUCUGGUCUGGUCUUGUUUGAGAUCGCCGUGCGCGGUCCAAAGGACGACGAGAGCGGCACGCGAGGACUCAUGUCCGCGGAUGGAUCCUUUGCACGGCGCGGCUCGGUGGGCAGCCAGCGCAAAGCCCAGGAACUCGCGACCCUGCGCGACGUCGCCGCUGUCAUGGCCGUCGUGUGCGGUAUUGCCGUGUACAUGAUUGAGCCGUCUGUUACUCCGGGCGCCGCCACCUGGGAACCCAUGUACCGGGAGUUUGAUCGUGACUGGAAGACAGUGCAUGACUAUAGGACUGUCCGCCAGGUUUUCUUCAUGAUCAUUAUCAAUGUUGCAUUGAAUCUCUUUUCAUUUCUAAUUCUUUUACGACAAGGCGCAGUUCCCGUGUCCCUAUGGGCCCUCUUCUCCUGCAUUUGCGCGCAGCUAAAGUUUCAAACUAGCUUUUCAGGCAUCUGGUUCACUAUAUUCUACGGCAUUUCAGCCCUCCUGUACCUUUACGGCUCAUCGUCUUCGAACUCCUUUGUCGAGGUUCGAACUUCAAUCAGCAUUAGACGCAUCUUGUUUGGAAUUACGGCCUUCUCAGCCUGCGUGCUGCUGGUUCGACACGCAGCAGGAGCGCAGGAGUACAAGUUCACCCCCAAAGUCCCCUCUGAGUUUGAGGUACAGUCUUCAGCGACUCCACUCGGUUCGAUCCCAGUCGACCUCAACCGCGGACACCCAGCGGCCCAACUAAUCAACGACGCCGAAACAAAAUUCCACCAGACUCUCCAAAGGCAGUCCAAGUCUCUGGAGCAGGCCGUCCGCGAGUAUCGGCGCAGAAAUGGCAUCGCACCUCCUCCCCACUUCGACAAGUGGUUUGAGUUUGCACAGCGCCGCAAUGUCAUCAUGAUCGACGAGUUCGACACGAUCAAUAAGAUGUUGUUACCGUUCUGGGCGCUCAAGCCUGAAACAAUUCGCUCGCGCAUAAAGAAUGCUGUCGGUCACGAAGACAGUGCUUUGGUUGCUGUGGCUAUUCGAAACGGCGAAGUGGUGUCCAUCGGCAAUGGCGACGAGUGGCAACAACAAGCAACGACUGGCAUGAUGAAGGACUUUGUUGCGUAUCUUCCAGACAUGGAUCUUGGGUUCAACAUCCACGAUGAGCCGCGCGUCGUCGUGCCCAACGACCUGCUGUCUUCAAUGAUCGCCAAAGCGCAAGACGAGGUUCUGCCUCGCGCUGCGCAGCACACGUCUCCCCGCAACGACUUUUCGAAGCGGCCAAAGGAUUUGAACGAUGGCAAGCGUUUUGAUGAAGUCAGCACCACCAAGUUCAACCGCUUCGCCCAUCAGCAAACAUGGACACACUCUCGACUCUCGUGCCCCGCAAGCAGCCAGGCGCAGACGUUUGAGGAUUUUGCCGCCGACAACUUGACCUCAUACGCUGCAGGACCGCUGAACUACGUUUACAAUGCAACAGCAUUCUCAGACAUAUGUAACUCGCCAUCCUUCUCGUCGAGUUUCGGCUUCUUCGAGCGCCCGAACGCAUUCAGUAUCAUCCACGAACUCACCCCCAUCUUUUCGCAGUCAAAGAUCUCCAGCUUCCAAGAUAUCCUCUACCCCAGCCCUUGGUACUGGUUCGGCAAGGUAGGUUAUGACAACAACCACGACACGACCUGGGAAAACAAGACAAACAGCCUCUACUGGCGCGGCUCCACAACCGGCGGCUUCAGCCGCAACGGCGGAUGGCGACGACAGCACCGCCAGCACGUGGUCCAGCGCCUCAACGCCCCCGAGAAAGCGCAGAUCCUCAUCGGCCCCGAGACCGAGCCCGAGGCCCCCUACACCGUGAAGGAAAUCGACCGCCGUGCGCUGCACCACCUCGUCGACGUCAAGUUCAGCCACGUCGGCCAGUGCGACCCGGGCGACUGCGACGCGCAAAAGGAGUUCUUCGACGUCGUCGAGCGCGUCGACGGCCAGGACGCCUGGUACCACAAGCACCUGCUCGACAUGGACGGCAACGCCUUCUCCGGCCGCUUCUACAGCUUCCUCAAGAGCCGCAGCCUGACGUACAAGAUGAGCGUGUUCCGCGAGUGGCACGCCGAGUGGCUGCGCCCGUGGGUGCACUACAUCCCCGUCAGUCUCAAGGGCGACGAGCACCUCGAUCUCGUGCGCUGGUUCAGCGGCGACCGCACCGAUGUCAGUGAGGUCGGCGGGCGCGGGAAGGACAAGAAGGCGGAUAAGAGCGGCAACGGGGAGAGCGCGGGCGAGCGCAAGGCCAGGGAGAUUGCGCAGCGGAGUACCGAGUGGCACGACAAGGUGCUGCGGAAUGCGGAUUUCGAGACGUGGUUCUUCAGGCUGCUGCUAGAAUACGGGAGAGUCGUAGAUGACGAGCGCGAGGAGAUAGGAUACCCAGGGCCGUUAUAGAUAGACAUUUAGAGGUCGAAUAUCCAAGAGCAUGUUUUGUGUCGUGUCUGGGUGCAGUACGCAACGAUGUUCCUCGCAGCGAAAAGAGCACCGCACCCGGCGAACCUAAGGAUGUAGUUGUCACCCUGCCUCACUUGUCGCCAAAGAAGGGUAUGAUGCUCGCGUUUGCAUUGCGCUUCGCAUGUAACGCCCUUGACCA